AGGAUUACUAUCAAAGAAAUAACAUCACACCCGUGGAUGUGUCCCAAGCACGGUACUACCGAAAGAAGAAUCCCACCUUCUCCCUUCAAACCGUGGAGGAGAUCAUGAAAAUUGUGGAGGAGGCCAAAUCCCCUCCACGGGUCACUCGCUCGGUUGGAGGCUUUGGGUGGGGAGAGGAAGAUGGUGAGGAGGAUAAAGAGAUAUUGCGGAUGAUGAAGUGGAGGAGGAAAAGGAUGACGAGGACGAGUAUGACAAGCAAGUCAAGGCGGCUCAUGCGAGUGGGGAAGUUCGUCUCACUUAAAAAAAAAAAAACAAAAUGA